GACAGACUGUACGUGACUUCGCUCAUUCAUGUGCAAAAGCAGCUUCAUUGAUUGUCUCCCUCCUCCUUCACACCACCAUGAUGGGUCACAACAGCAGCUUUGCUGAUUCUCCACAGCCCUCAAUGACAAACACACACACACAUCCACACACACAUUCCCACACACACACACAUGAAUUACGCUGCGCACCAAAAAGGGAGCAUUCACCGACCACCACUCACUGAGCUGAGCAGCAGCGCUGCCUCUACAGCCGCUGAAUGAAUGACUAUCCACACACUUGACACGUGCAGCAGAAAGCCAGCCAGCUAUACACAAGGAAAACAGAGACAAAAGGGUGGGUGCCGUCCGGCAAUCUAGCUAACCGCCACAACUCUUGCCGUCUGCAGCGCUCUCUAGCCGCACGUAGACCUUCACCGGCGUCAGCGGCAGCAUCAGGGAAGGCUCCGUCGACGCCUCGGGCGCACCCUCCGCCCGCACACACGUGUGGUCGGCCAGCAGCUUGGCGAGUAUCAGCUUCAUGAGGGGGAAGGCCACACCAGAGCCUGGGCAGCCCCUCUUGCCGAUUGAGAAGGGGAAGAAGACGGGCGAGUGGCCGUGGGCGCCCUUGGUGUGGCGGGGCGGCGACACUCUGGCGGUAGACGACGGCAGGGCCUCCUGCUGGCCUUGCUGGCUCCCAUCGACUGUCAGGAAUCGUGACGGAUCAAAACUGUGGGGCUUCUCCCAGAUGCUCUCGUCUCUGCACACAGACAGACACAGAGAAACAAACCUCGUGAGUGCAAAGCAGUGUUUAAACGGCGUGAGGGAGGACUCACCGGUGGACGAGCCAUGGGUUGGUGAAUACGUCGCAUCCCUUCCGCAUGGCGAGGGUUUCGCCGAGCGUGUGAUCCUCCACCACCUUGCGGCCGAUGUGGAUCGGUGGAUACAUCCUAACACACAUACAGAAAGACGCCUUGAAUACGACGCACUGGCUGGGAGAUCACUGCUUGUCAGCCGGUGCUCACCUGAGUGUCUCCAACAGGACGCCAUGCAAGAUGGGCAGCCUGUCGACGUGCUCAAAGCCCACUGCAUGACGGCUGAGGCCGCACACACGGUGAAUCUCGUCACGCACCAACCCCUUAACGAACAACAUAACAUCGACAACAAUCCCCACCCACCCCACCAAGACGCUUCUCUCCCUCCCCCUUCUGUCUAUGUACCUGCCACUGGCAGUUCUCGUCUUGCGCCAGGUGCCAGAGUGUCCAUACGAUGGUGGUCGACACGGACGCCGCCCCGGUGAACAGCAGCUCCAGGAUGACCUCUGUCCUGUCCUCCAGGCUCAUCGACGGGUGCGACGCAUUCAGGUGGGCGAUGGCGCACCAGGGCCGGUCAGAGGGGUGGGCGGCGAUGCGCUGGCGGACAGCUGUCCGGAGGGCAUGGCAGAGGGAACGGAAUCGGAUGUUCCUCAGGAAAGGAAGUCUGUGCCAAAACCUGCGUCAACACACACCUGUCAGCGCCCUGGUGUCGAUUCUUUUGUCUGCGACGCGUACCACACUGUGUGUGUGAGCGGAUCGUCGAUCUGCUCGAUGACAGCCUUCCACGCCCCCUCAUACAGACGCCUCAGCUCCUCGUCGGUCUCCCCCAGCACCUCCACAAGCACCACAUUCCAGUAGAAGGAUCGAAAAGCCACUGCAAAGUCCGCCAUCUCGUGUGCCUUCAGCUGGUGGACGAAGCCGUCGAUCAGCGGGUCGAUUUGCGCCUGGAACAGAGCCCGAUCAUCGGGGCGCCUGAGGAGCUGAGAGACCAGCUGGUGGACCACAGGCCAGGCGUCGCUGCCCCCUGCUUCGCUCGCCUUGCCCUUGCCGCUGUAGGACAGGCGAGUCUUUCUGAAGGUCUCCAGCACCUGGAUACAGCCACACCAUAGAAACGACGAUGUCUGCUUGGCUCUUUGGCUCACCCCAUAGGCGUGCAUCUUGGUGUAGCAGUCGUUGUGUGACACGCACAUCUGCCGCAUCAGCACUGGGUCAGCGAUGCAGUAGAAGGUCUUCAGGUUGAAGGGCAGCUGCAGCCUCAAAACGCCGCCCUCCUCACCAGCCCACCCACGCACGUGCUCCAGCAAUGCACGUGAAUUUCGCCGGGAGGACAGAAGACCCAGAUCGGCCGAGAAGAGUGAUAGCGACCGAGGAGCAUGGCCAGUCCGCUUCUUCCGUGCAGCACAGAGAGCAGCAAGGGCUCCAAAUAACACGAAGACAAGCAGAAGCGCCGCUCCUUCGAGAAUCAGCAGUUGCGAAACGCCUUGGAUUUCAGAUACAGCUGGCAUUGGGUGAGCACUGAAGCCUUCGG